CUAGCAAGGAAAAUUCUCCUCUUUUGUGAACUUUGUUAUUAUGUUGACUUCAACUUAAUUUUUCUCUUCCGGGUAACUUCAUUUAUGUAUCCCAUCUUUUAUUGAUCUAAUGGAUAUUGUUGUAGAACAGUAGCAGUCUAGCUGUUUUAAAUGGGUUUCUAGUUGUGUCUUUCAACUUUCAAGGAUUUGUAUAUUUAUUUCACAUUUUUGGGUGCCGAAGCUUCUCUCCUAAGUUAGUUUUCUCUCCUUGUGGAUCAUGAAUAUUGGGUCAAACAAUUAACUCGUCAAAGGAGCUACUCAGAUCAAAUGGUGGAGGAAGCAAAUGCCAUUCUCUCUACCUUUGGGUCUUAUUGUCUUGGGAUAAGUAUCAAGUCGGCAUGCUUGUUUGUCAGGCACUUACAUGAGGGAGUUUUGCACACCAUCUAUGAGUUAUUAUUUCUUUGUUUGGCAUAAAUUUUCCAUUUCACUUCCCUGGUCAAAGCCAAGAAGUUUUCCCUGGUCAUCGAAGUGGAAUGAGGGGCAAAACCCCUAGAAAAACAACUUGCCACAUCGCCAAAACGCAAAUGAAAAAUAGGUUUUCUGACACCAUUUCCCAAGCAAGACUUCCCAACCAGUUUCCAAGACAACUUUCCAAGGGGUAGAAGCUUUGCAGGAACGAAAUGACCCCUAAGAGCAAUUUGCUCUUGCAUUGUUUUGACUCUACAUGUUGUGUCUUGGCAAUUUUGGAAGUAAUAAACUACUUCUUUGACAGGUACAUGGACCUGGGGCUGACAUAGACACUUUGUGUGUUGGACCUUCUUAUGUGAAUCGAGAGGAUUUCUUCGUUAUUUUGCAUAAUACUCUGGCUGAAAUGGAAGAAGUUACUGAACUUCAACCAGUUCCAGAUGCUCACGUCCCAGUUAUGAAAUUUAAGUUAUGAAAUUUAAGUUCCAGGGAAUAUCAAUUGAUCUUCUUUAUGCAAGUAUAUCUCUUUUGGUUGUUCCAGAUGUAAGUCUCAAAUGCAUUAAUUUAUUAUUACUUGAACUUAGCAAUCUCAUUGACCUGCGCGCUUAUGCCUUCUUCCACUUGAGGUAGAGAAUGAUUUCAUUUAAUUUACGGCUUAUUUAGUACAGUAUCUCGAAGACAAAGGUACUAGUUAAGUGAAAGUAAAUGCUAUCACCUCUU